AAAAAACACAACAACAACAACAGCAAAAUGUCCGCCUUGGAUUUAUUGACUUUCGAUAAUGCCGUCUUCAAAGCCUAUAUCUUCUGGAGUGCUGUUUUGGUGGUGAAAAUGAUGUUCAUGUCGCUGUUGACUGCCAUGCAACGUUUCAGGACUAAGACCUUCGCCAAUCCCGAAGAUUGCAUGUCCAAGAAAGACAAGGUGACCUAUGAUAAUCCCUACGUUGAACGUGUUCGCAGAGCCCACUUGAAUGAUAUGGAAAACAUUUUCCCAUUCUUUGCUGCCGGUUUCUUCUACGUCAUGACCAAUCCCAGCGCAUUCUUGGCCAUCAAUUUGUUCCGUGCCGUUGCUAUUGCCCGCAUCGUCCACACCUUGGUCUAUGCCGUUGUUGUUGUUCCACAACCAGCCCGUGCUAUUUCCUUCUUUGUUGCCUUCUUGGCCACCGUCUAUAUGGCCGUGCAAGUUAUCAUCUAUGCCUUGUAA